CUUAAUACCUACGACGGUAAUGCAACAAGUGACUGUUGCGUAUUUUUUGCGCCUAGUCUACUCAACCUAAGUAGUACCCUUUUACGAAAUCGUCGAAGAUCUCAGUGACCCGCGCGCGGAUGGACUGUGUGAUUUUCGUAUAUAUGUUGUAUUGAUUAUUUAAGGUACUAUAUUAAUAAUAUCCAACAAAACGAUAAUUAGAUCGAUUAAGAAGAAAAAUUCUGAUUAAAAUUUAAUCUUGUUUACUGUAUUGAAAUUUCGUAAUCGGACUUGUAAAUAGUUUUUUUUAUGUGGAAAUUGGAACUGAUAUGUCAAUAUCAUAGUGAUUAUAUCUAGAUAAGUGUUGUGUAAGGGAUUAAUCUCUAAAAUGGCUUCUGAUGAUGACUGCAAUAACACAUUUUCCUACCCGAUAAUGGAGGAUGCUACAUCAUCACCUGUACCGAAUAAUCAUUACACAAACUGUAUCUCACCGAAUGCGACACCUCCUUUGCUACAACCUCAAUAUAGAUACGAAUACCAGGACGAGAUGAUUUCCGCAUCUCAAGUGAUAGCACAAGGUAUCCCAAAAUCUCAAGACUUGUGGGGGACGAUGUCGGACUCAGUGUACGAAUACAGACAAUUUGACAAUACUCGGUUCGGUGGUAACGAUUAUAUGAGACCAAAUUAUAACGACAAUAUGUCCGUAUACGGUCAAAGAACUAGUUUCGCACCGAAAGUUUGCGCGCCGGGCCAAAAAGUGACGAAAGAAGCCCGAAUUAGGAGGCCUAUGAAUGCUUUUAUGGUUUGGGCGAAAGUGGAGAGAAAAAAAUUAGCAGACGAAAAUCCAGAUCUUCAUAAUGCCGAUUUAAGCAAAAUGUUAGGAAAAAAAUGGCGGUCCCUAACUCCCCAGGAUCGACGGCCAUUUGUAGAAGAAGCAGAGCGACUUCGAGUAAUUCACAUGACUGAACAUCCCAAUUACAAAUACCGACCUAGACGUAGGAAGCAUAACAAACAGAGAGCUACAUCCGGUCCCGGAACUCGUGUAGGAACGUCUCUACCAAGUCCAAGUUUACCGAAUAUGUCUCCAAGGUACUCUGGAUACAUUCCUCCAAACAGCAGUCUUUCUCCUAAUCUUCAACAACAGCAAGGAUAUACGUCCAUAAAUUUUCCGAGUCCAGGAGGUAGUGCCGAUUACACUAAUGAAAAAAGAUAUAGUCCUGAUAAUUACAGCCAUUACGGUUAUUUAGCCUAUCAAAAUUAUUCACAAAAAAGUCCUUAUUCUACACAGAGUCAUGAUAACUCGCCUGCUCAUAGUCCUGAUUUGAAAACCCAAAAUACUCCUGGUAGUCCUACGGACGAAAAGGAACAAGCUGAUAAAAGUACCAUUUUACCUACACCAAAUUUAUCUCCCAUGGAUCAAGAUAACGAGAAGUAUAAUCAAUAUAAAGAAGACACUAGAGUAUCUUCUGUGCAGACUUUACCGUCAUCUACCGAUCAAAAUUUCAACAAUAGACUACACAAUUACAGACAAACCAACCCACAAUUUACCAAUACUCAACCGAUCACUUCAGUUCCGAUGGGAAAUGGUAUGUACAUAAUGAGUGCGAAUAAGAGUAGCGUAGAACAAGGGCAAGUAGUUACAGGUACUUAUUAUCCUCCAGUUGCUACUUCACAAGAUCAACAACAUCUUGGCAGUUCACAUACCGCAGCAAUUAACGCUACAAGUAAUUUGAGUUAUUACACUUCAAAUGUGCAGCCUUAUUAUAGUAAAGAUUAUACUUACGAGCAUCAUGACCAAAGUAAAGAUACGUUUCUUGGUUAUCAAUCGAUGAAGGUUUUGGAAAAACCCGAAUACCUUCAAGUGUACAAACCUCAACCCAUCGAACAACAUUAUGAUUACGGACAAGAAAAUCAUUUGGUUCACAAUUUUCUGCCAAACACAAGCACAGAAAAUCGAAGUGACGUCGAUGGGGACGAUGUGGACACCAGGGAGUUCGAUAAGUAUCUAAAGUACAGUAAUUCUGAACCUAACGUUAUAGAUUCUAAUCACAAUUAUCGUAAUGAAGGACUUAGUUCGAAUGUGGCGUACAAUUUUCAAGCUCAACAAACUUCUGUGAUUUUGCCUAACGCAAAUGUUAAACCAGAACCAUUCAUAACGCAUUGUCCGGAAAUUUACGAACUUGCUGCCAACGGAGUUCCUAAAAAUGAAGAUGACUUUAGUGAAAUUUUAGCCGGUGUAAGAAAGACUUGUUUUAGUACGUGAUAAUUUGUAAAUUUAUAAUGUAAGUAGUUGAAUUUUAUGUGCAAUUUUGAACUUCUGCGUCAAAUAUCGAGUAGUUUUUGAAAGAAGCUUAAUAUGCAUAGGGUUAGUUUGGGCAAUUU